CCGGAUCUAGGGCCGCAUACGCCCACGCGCAGGUCUCCAAUGAAAAAGGAAGAUGGUGAACACCAACUAGUGAUUGUCUCUUUUACAGAGAAAAAAGAGUGCAGUGGAAAACUUCAUGGAGGUAGCUCUGUUACUGAAAAGCCUCCAGACCUGGCUUUUCAGGAUGCUCUCACAAGCAAUGAGGAAGACAUUCUGUCUGGGACAUUGAAGGACAUUUAUGACAGAAACACCAUGAAUUCUUUUCAACAGAAGAAAAAGGAAGAAGUCAGGGACAAUUUAAAAGGGCUAAAAAGUGAAGACCACAAAUUGACAGAGAAAAUGGAAGACAUCAAAGAGAGUGGGGAAAAAACCCUAGGAAAUUAUUUUAUUAAAGCCCCUGCAACUGUUCUGGAGAAUCUGAAGUGUAAUACACUCAAUGACACUAGUUCCUUGGUGGUGGAUGAUUCUAAGGAGCUGGUCAGCAAUGUCAUCAGUAUGGAAUGUUAUGAUUAUGAAAAACCACUUUUCCCUAUUAACAUUGCAUUUACAUCAUGCUUCAGAGGAAAUUAUCAGGAGAUUAUGGUGAAGGUGACUGAUACCAACUUCCAGUCAAACUACUUAACUCCUAUUUCUUUACAAGGAUCCUAAGGAAACCAUAAGGAAAGCUUUGCAGAAGUAAAAAUUUAUCAUCUGGGUGUUUUUGCUUUGUUGUCAUGCUUAAAGAAGGAAACAUUUACUGUUCCAAAGGUAGGACUCUUACAAAAGCUGAACGUGGAUUUUCAAAUCUCUUUCUGUUACCAUUCAGAAACAUUCAAUUCUCUGAUUCAGCCAAUUGAGCCAUCAGUUUCAGCAUUGAAAGCAAGACAUUAUAUGUAUCACUCAGUGAUAUCUAUGAGUGCACUGGUUCAUAUCCAACAUCCUUCAUCCCAACCUUUUAACAGCUCAGUCACUAUUACUCUACCCUGUCCUCCGAACCCAGACAAAAAAAGGGCUGUGAGCACUUCUGUGAGAAAAAGUGUGGACAAUCUCAGUGAUACUUCGAAAUUAUUAGGUUGUUGAAAUGAAGAGGGGUGGAAGGUGUUUGAUGAUGUUAUUAUCCAGAAUGCACAGAAUGGGCUUGUAUCUUUUGAACUAAAUGAGCAUUUAGAAAGCUUUAUGGUUGUUUGCCUUGCAUUCCUUUUGGAAAACAGGUAUCUUCUCCUCUUUGCUCAGGUUCUGGAAGAAGCUCUCCGUAGCACAAGGGCUAAUGUGAUACUGUAUCAGAAAAGAGAAAACCCAUAUAAAGUAGCAGUUUUUUCUGUCGCAUCCAGAGAAUUAAUCAAUGAACUUCAAAAUCUCUAUGAGGAAGGUUAUAUUGGUCCCCCAGAACCCACACAGCACUUCCCAUUAAGACAAGGAGAGCAGAUUCAUUUUAGAUUUAGAGGAAAUAUUUCUGCUUCAGGAAUGUGGAGCUUAAUGGGAAACUGCUCCAACUGUAAAGAAAAUGUACGAUCUGAACGAGCUCCUGAGCAAUGUGCUCCAGGUGACUCUCCUUUGAGCAGGAGAGUUGGACAAGAUGAUCUCUUAAACCCUUGUGAAUUCUGUGAAAACUGGGUCCUCAGAAACCCAGGGGAAUGGAGAAGCUUCAGGAAAGUCUACAGACUGAUUUUUCAUUCACAAAGACAACCAAGGCUGGAGCUCCAAAUCAAAGAAGGGGAUGAAUUUAGUAACCACAGUUCACCUCAUUACAAAGGAACAGCAGUGUUUUAUAAAAUUACCAGAGAGAUGAUACCAAAGAAAUGGAUGAUACCAAAGAAACCUUACCAUAUGAUGAAUAUCAACACCAGUCUCCACUGUGCCCUAUGGGACAAGUUGCUGUUCUGGCUUGCACAAGAGCUUGCAGAAGAUAAUACAUCAUUGUUUGCUUUAUGUUUACCUGUUCGAUGGAGCAUGUUUCAGCUUGUUAGGCUGAAGUGCCCUGAUAAUUUAACACACCAGAUGUAUGAGCUGCUUUGCUGCUGCAAAAAGACCCUUCCAAAGUCAGCUGAUAAACAGCAGAUCUUGUCUCAGUAUUUGCAGAAGAGUGGCAGAAGUGAUCUUUCAGAAGAACUUCAUUAAAAGUGGCAAAAUAAGGUGUUCACUGAUCCUCAAUGCUGUAAUUCGGGGUGUGUUUAUUGUAGCUGA